AUGCAGCUGCUGAGGAAGGAGCAGCGGGCAGGGGUCUGGGCAGAAACUGUGCCAGAAGCAGCAGCAGAUUGCCGAGAAAAGGGGAAGUACGAGGUGGGCGAGCGGCAGAGCCCCUGGACGGGCUGGGAAGUGCUGUGGAAGCGCUGGGCUGCAGAUGACGCCGGUCUCUCUAGAAAAAGCGUGGAGGGGUCGUCGCCGGAUGGUGAGGAGAUGGAGAGCCCCGUGCUGAAGCGCAGCCAGUCGGAGGUGGCAGUGCAGAACGGGAGCACGGCCUGCGUCCCGCUCAAGGGGCAGGGGCAGGCGGGGGGCGCAGCCUGGACGCCCCCCCGGGCCAGCGCCCCCCAGAGCGCCUGGUCCUGGAAACCCGUCACCACGCGGGAGGUGACGGAGGUGACGGAGGUGACGGAGACCAUCGUGACGGAGAUCGUGGAGGUGACCGAGUACCCGGCCGGCGAGAAGGGCGGGGAGCCCCUGGUCACCCGGACGGUCACGGUGCUGACGGAGCGUGCAGGGGAGCUCGCGGCCGGCGGCCGCUCCGGACACACGGAUGCCGCAGAGGUGUCCCUGCGGGCUGGCCCCGUCCUGGAGGAGGCGGCAGGUGCGGAGCGAGCCCAGGACACGCUGGAGAGCCUGCUGGCCUGGGUGGCGGACAUGGAGGAGCUGGUGAGCAACCAGAAGCCACCCUCAGCGGAGGUGAAGGUGGUGAAGGCCCAGCUGGAGGAGCAGAAGCUCCUGAAGCGGCUGCUGGAGGAGCGAAGGUCGCGGGUGGAACUCAUCCUGCAGGACAGACCCGUGCCGCCAGCGCACGGCUCCACCACGGUGGCAACCGAAGGGAGCAGCAGCCUCUCUGGCCUCGCAGAGAAGUGGGGCAAGCUGAUGCAGGAGGCUGAAGCCAGGUAUGGCUGCCUGGAGCGGAUCCUGCCGGCGGCACAGGGCUUCCAGGAGGCCGUGGACUCCUUCCAGGAGUGGCUCGGUGCCACGGAGCGGCAGCUAGCCCAGCUCUGGCACGCCAACGGCUGUGUCAGCCGCGUGCAGGACGCCCACCGGCAAACCCAGGGGGACAGGGUGCACCGGCAGCAGGAGGUGACAGGGGAGCUGAAUUUCAUCUCCAGUGGCAGCACUGACGCCGGCCGCGUUGCUGCUGCAGGGGAGGAGGCUCAGCUGGCACAGGAGAAGAUGGAGUCCCUGAGGAUGCGGUAUCUCAUCGUGGGCCAGAGCAGUGCCGACACCAUGCACCGGCUGGGGCAGACCCUGGAGGCCUCGUCCCGCCUGGGCACUGCCCAGGAGGACCUGGCGCUUUGGCUGGGCCGCAUGGAGAAGGAGCUGGCCUCCUGGGACAGCCAGCAUGGCGGCCAGGAGCCCCCGGUCAGCACAAGCGACAGGGAAAAGUUCGAGCAGAUCCUGGACUCCCAGCUUGCCCACUUGGCUGGGCUCGGUGAGCGGCUGGAGGAGAUCGGCCAGGUGCAGCUAGACACCCAGGCCCUCCGCUCGCAGCUCUCCGACCAGAAGCUGCUCUCUGCUGAGAUUCUGCACCACCGGGGACUGGUGGAACGUCUCCUGGGGAUCUCGGACCCGCUGCUCCGCUCCUGCCCUGAGCCCUUGCAGCAGCACCUCCAGCGGGGCACCCUGGUGAACCGCCCGUCGCCGCAGCCCUCAGUGCAGGUGCUGCGGGAGCGCACGGAGCAGCUCUUCCUGCGCAGCGGAGCCUGCGCCGUGCAGCUGGAGCAUGCCCAGUCCCUGCUCGCCCAGUUCUCCGAGGCUCAUGAGGAGCUGUCACCCUGGCUGGAGGAGAUGCAGGUUGUCAGGGUGCAGCUUUCCCCCAACGCCAUCAGCUAUGAGGCUUUCAAGGAACAGCAGGCGCUGCUGCAGUGCCUGCGGGAAGCCAUCGCGGAGCACCGGCCCCUGAUGGGGAAGCUGCAGCGCGUCUCAGCGCAGCUGGUGGAGCUGAGCCCGGAGCAAGGCGCCCCAUUCCAGCAGCGCUGGCGGGAGGCAGAGGAGCAGUACUGCCGCAUCCGUGAGCGUGUGCGCCAGGCGGCUGCCCUGCUGGAGGAUGCCCUGCCGCGUUACAGCCAGCUGACCGAGCGCAUGGACCUGCUGCUGGAGUGCCUGGAGCGGCUGGGGAGCCGCCCGCCGAGGGGGCGGCUGCAGAGCCGCCUGCAGAGCCAGCCCUCUGUCCGCGGCGAUGCAGCCCACCUUCGGGAGCAGAUCCGCGAGAACAGCCUGGCCCUAGGCGAGCUGGAGAAGUUGGGGGUGGCCCUGGAGACCGUCCAGGUGCAGGGCAGCGAGCUGCUGGCCAGCAUGCAGGCAGCAAACUCCGACGCUGCUGCCAGAGGGAUCCAGGAGCGGACGGCGCAGCUGCUGUCCCAGUGGGGCUGCCUGCGGGGCCGCUGCCAGGAGCAGGAGCGCUGGCUGCGGGAGCUGCUGGCGCUGGCCGACCGCUUCUGGCACGGCCUCUCUGAGCUGGCCCUGACGCUGAGCGACACCCAGCAGCUGGUGCUGGGGCUGGAGGAGGCCGGCGGCGAGCCUGAGGCCAUCCGCACGCGGCUCCGCACCAUGCAGGUGCUGCGGGAGGAGAUCGACUCGCUGCAGGGUGAGCUGGACACGCUGGGCAGCCUGGGUGUGGAGCUGAUGUCCUCCUGCGGGGACCCUGACAAGCCCGACGUCACCAAGAGCCUGGAUGAUCUCUACUCCUCCUGGCACAGCCUGAACAAGGUGUGGACGGAGCGGUACGCCCGCCUCGAGGAGCAGCUCCAGGCCUCCGUCAGCUACCAGGAGACCAUGCAGCGGCUGUUCGAGUGGCUGGACACGGCUGAGCUGCGCAUUGCUGAGGAGUUCCUCGUUGGCGGGGACCUGGACAUGGUGCAGCAGCAGCUGGCGGAGCUGAAGGAGUUCAAGAGGGAGCUCUACCAGUGCAAGGUGGAUGUGGAGAGCCUGCGGCACCAGGCCAGCCCAGGGGGCACAGGGCAGGGGGAGCCCCCGGCCCCGCUCAGCGACUUCCGCCAGCGCUGGGACCGCCUGGAGGAGGAGAUCGUCAGCCGUCAGCACCAGCUGGAGGCGGCUCUGCUGGGCCUGGGGCAGUUCCAGCACCAGCUGGAGGAGCUGCUGCAGUGGCUGUCCCGCCCCGCCGAGCAGCUGCAGGGCCCGACACUGCUGCGCCUCGACCUGCAGAGCUGCGAGAUCGAGCUGGCCAAGCACAAGGUGCUGAGGAACGACGUGAUGUCCCAUGCCCACACGGUGCAGUCCGUCAACGAGGCUGGGCAGGGCUUGCUGCUCUCCAGCCUGGGGGAGAGCAUGGAGGGGCUCCAGCGCAGCCUGCAGCAGCUCAACCAGCGCUGGGACCUGGUGCAGAGCGAGACCGAGAGCCGCCAGCUGGAGCUGGAGAACAACCUCAGCCAGGUGCAGGACAUCACGCUGGAGAUCACGGAGCUGCUGCAGUGGCUGGAGCAGGUGGAGCUGCAGCUCUUCUUCUCCAGGCCGGCGUGGGGCCACCCGGACACCACCAAAGAGAAGCUGACCACACACCUGGAGCGCCUGGCCGAGGGGCUGACAGUGACCACCGAGUUUCAUGGCACUGUGCAGGAGCUGCUGCGCUGGGUGGCUCACGCGGAGGAGCUCCUCGGCUCUCCUGCACCACCCAGCUUCGUCCUGGACACUGUCACCGCGCAGAUCCAGGAGCACAAGGCAAGUGUGGGCUGCGCUCAGAGGCUCUGCUCCUGCCCUGGGGCCAUCAGCGCGCCUCUAGCUGCCUCCGCUCUCCUGUAG